AUGUCGACCACAGCUGCGCGCAGAGGGUCCUUCCCUCGCCCCAAGGGCCGCUCUCAUCAGGUGCAAGACGACACGGAGGAGGUGCGCACACUUCGUGCCAAAUACUCGGAACAACUCGCCAUGAUCCGAGAGCUUUUCCCCACCUGGACCGACGAGGACCUCCUAUUCGCUCUCCAAGAGUCGCUCGGUGACGUCGAGAAUGCCGUCGUUCGCAUCUCGGAAGGCCAGGUCGAACAGUUCUCGUCCGUCAAAUCAAAGAAGCAGGUCAAGAAGGAGACCGGCUCACACCACAAUGCCGCUGCUGCGACUCCCUACGCCUCGGCCGCUCCCUCCUCCACUGCUGCUCCUGCGGCUCGCGGCAACCACGUCGGCGCUCCGGCAGGUCGGGGUCGUGGAGGUGCCUCCGUUCGGGGCGCUCGAGGCGGUCGAGGUGGAUUCCGCGGCGUCGGCGGACGAGGCGGUGGCAUUGCCCCUCAGGCCAACGGACACGAACUCAAGACUCCUGAGACCCAGACUGUCGAGGCGACCACCGCCCAAGCUUUCUCCCCCAUCCCGACCCCUACGUCCGGAACCAGCUGGGCCGCGGCUCUUUCCAGAGCCAACAAGGCUGCAUCCGCCGCCUCCGCUACUACACCCGCUCCGGCACCCGCCAUCUCCAAAGAGAUCACCGAGCCCGUCGUCGCACCUUCGCAGGACGCUGCCCCCCUCACGGCUCCAGAACCAGCCGCUCCGGAAGCUACCGAGCCGGCCACCACCACGGCCGCUCUUCCCACCUCGGUCGAGACUUCGUCUCCUGCCGUCAAGGUACCUGCCCCUUCCAAAUCCACACCAAAAGUUGGCGGCAUGAGCUGGGCUCAGAUCGCACGCAAGUCUGAGGCUCCCAAACUUGUCGAUGCUCCAGCACCCGCACCCGAGGUCGCUCCUGUCACCGAAUUUGCCUCUUCCGAGCCCGUCGUCGCCCAAUCCAACCAGGAAGCCCAGCCAGAAUCGAUUGAGCAGGCUGCUGCCGUCGCCCAGCCUUCAUUCGAGGCUCCACCCGCUGCCACCACCGACACGGUCAUCGCUGCUGCUCAACCCGAAGCUGAGGUCGCUGCGCCUCUCGAAUCCGCACCUGUCGCCGAAAGCACUCAGGCUGCUGCUGCGCCAGACGCAGGAGCCGCCGCCAUCGCUCCACCUGGCCUCUCCAAGACUGCGCCUCGCGGUACAGCGCAGCGAUCCUCCCAGCGUGCUCGUCAAGAUGCACCUGUCGUCAUGGCUGGCGGUUCUUCGCAGCUCGACAAGCUCGGCGUUCAGUUUGGUUCACUCAACUUCCUCGGCGGUGACGCCGACGAGGCUCCCGAGUCGGCCGCCGCUGCUUCGGCCAACAAGACCGAAGCAGAGGCCGCUCCGGCUCAAACGCAGGCGCCUGCACCUGCUGUCGCCGCUGCUACAUCGCCCUCUGCCAACCGACAAGAUGCUCAGGUCGCUCAGCCUCAGCAAACCGAUUCGUACGGCCAGCAGUACAACGGCUUCAAGUCCGACUCGUUCGACAACUCGUACGGCUUCACCGGCCAGCCGCAGCAGCAGCAGCAGCAGCAGCAGCAGCAGCAGCAGCAUCAAUCUCAGGACCAGAUCCACGGCUACAACGGAUACAGCUCUAUUGGCCAGAACCAGACCUCUUCGCAGGCCCAGUCGCAGCAGGCCGCUCAACCUCAGCACGGCCUACAUGAUUACUCGUCCAUGUAUGGAGGCCUCGACUCGCAGCGCCUCGCUCAGUUCUACGGCGCAUACGACCAGGGCUCCAACGCCUUUGGUCAGCGAUCCGACGACAAGUCGCAGUCGCAGGUCUCGCAGCAGGGUCAGCAGCAGUCGGCGUCCCAACAGGGCGCCGACCACCAGAGCCAGCAGCCGCAUCAGCUCCAGGGCCAUCAAGCUGGGCCCGGUCUCCACCAGCAGCAGGCUCCUCAGCAGCAAUUCCCCGGCAUCAUGCCCUACUACUACCCGCACUACUACAUGCCCAACCAGUUCCAGCACUACGGCCAACCAGCCGCCGGCUACGGUCAGUACCCCGUCUACGGUCAGCCCGCCGCUCAGCCCCAGCACGCCUCCAAGCCCGGCACACCCGCCGCCGUCAACUCGCCCUACUCCCAGGGACCUCAGUCUGACGCCAACGCCUACGGCGCCCAGAACCACUACGGCCAAACCCCCAGCUCUGGCAACCUUUCGUCGUACGACCAGGGCUUCGGUCGCGGCGGCGUGCCCGGCCUCGGCGGCAUGUCCGACUACUCUAAGAUCUACGGCAACGCCAUUCCCGGCCUCGGCGGAUUCCUUGGAAGCGGUUCCGGCAACGCUCCUCCUUCUCAAAACGCUGCUUCGAGCAACGCCGCUUCUGGCAACAACGGCACCCCUCACCUCGGCUCGCAGCAAAAGGCUGGCGCCUCCUCGGGCAACACCCUGGACAGCUACCGUCAAUACGACGCCAACGCCUCCAAGGGCUCGACUCAGUCGGCAUCGGCCUCCAGUCAGGUGGGCCGUGGCCAGUCCCAGUCGCAAGCUGCGCCUCAGCAGCACCAGCAGGGUCAGCAGCAGCAACAGCAGGCUCAGCAACAGCAGCAGCAGCAACAGUACUACCAGCAGUACGGCGGAUACGGCCACCAGGCAAGCAGCAACGCCUACUCCAACUACCCUUACGCGCGUCAAUACUGGGGACAGUAG